CCUUCCCAUGCGUAUUCCUCGGUGUCUUCGGUGAUUGUUGGGUCCGAGUCGGAGGCGUCUUCCAUGAUGCAAGCAAUCCGAAAGGAAGAGCGGGCUGUGAGCCACUGCCAGAGGCCUUGGCCUUCUUACUUGGCUGUGCCGUGGCGGGGCUUCCGUCAACAAUGAUCUCGUUUCCGGCCUUUCGCUUGCCGGUCACUUGCGUUGCCAUCAUGGCUGUAGCCCACUCUGGCAACGCGGGGCUCACACUGCGUGUAUCAGUGGCAGCUGCCAGUGCUGGGUCUUCGCGGCUGCUGACAGCUUCAAUAUCACCACGCCGCAUGCUCGUCUCCUUCUUCCGAGACUUCUUCGGCGCGGCAUGCUCUGUCGACGGCAUCUUCAGUACUACCUGCGGUCGACGGGACUUGGAAGCUGGAGUAGUAGCAUGGGGGGCUUCCGAGAGGAUCGCUGCGAUGUCGGGGAGCCUCUCACUGUACGACUGCAUGGCGUCGUACUCGAUAGCUUCAUCAUCGCUACUCACCCCAUCCGCCUCGCCAGGCUCUAGUAUGUCAAGGUGUGACAGGCCACGAGCUUCAGCACUCGCUGAGGCAGAGCUUGUACUUGGUACCUGGCGCCUGAGCUUUGGAGGGAGAACACUUGGUGGCCCGCUCUGCUCGAAAUCAUCGCGUUGCCGCAGACGCGACUGAACAUCAGCAAGGCUGCGAAUCUUACCCGUGCGCACAAGCUCCGCUGCCUUCUUCUUCUCGCUGUCGAGUUUACGGGCAGCUUCAAGCUCUUUUUUGGUGCGACGUAUGACCGAAUUCUCCUUGACGACAUCGCCAGGAUGUUGAUUUUUGUUUUUUGCGCGUGUACCCGGCCGGCCGGGGUUUGGCAUCUUGUGCAGAUGCUGGAUAAGGAGGGUAAUUCGAUGAGCAAGGGUGCACCGGUGAGGACAAAGGCGUAGAGAGUGGAAAAUGUCAAGUUGCAAAAACAACGUUGACGUGGGCAGAGACAAGGGUCAGUGCCAGCAAAGGGCAGCUGUAGUAGUAGGCCUGCGUUACCGGACGGUGUCGGAAGGGAACCCCGAUUUUUCCCUGCAAUUACCAAGGAAUGACGCAGCCCAGACGCAGCCCCACGAACAGCAUGCUGCACGCCGCGCUAAGUCUGAUUUCGCUGUGA